CACCGUGUAAUCGCGCCGUAUGUUUCGUUGCGUGCAUUUCUUCGAUUGGUAUAUUUUUUUUUAUCUCAAACUAAAAUUGUACGGGAACGUAGGCAAAAGUGCUAUCCACAAGCAAUUCGGUUCCGAGGACAACUCUUUCGCGCCGCUACAGUGGGCUGCCCGUCGAAAGGCUCGCGGAUUCCGGGGACAAUUGGCGUGUAUCACUGCACUCUCCGUGGCGAAACACGAAGCAGCAGCAGUAGCAGCAGCCCCAGGGUUUUCUACAGAAAUUUUCGUCCCGCAUCGUCUUCCUCCCCCUCGCAGCCGCUGUCAUUCGUCCAGCCCACCCGCAACAGUUCCAGCGGGUUGUGAAAAGAUUGGAUAAGCGCAACGAAGACCACGUCCGAGGAAGCUGCAUUGGGUCAGCCCACUCGCGGGCCAUAAGCAUAUUGCAGCACGUCUGCCCCGCCGCUACCCUACCCUGUUCGCCUCGCCUGACCAUCAUGUGCCUCGUGACUAAUGCCUGUGUGCAGUGAAAAGGGUCACCGUGGAAGGAAGUGAUCGGACUUGCCCAAGUUUCCACCAAUCGAACGAGGGGUAAGACAUUUGCAUUCUGCACCACCUGCGAUACCUGCAGGUGCAGUUGAGGCGGAAAGUAAGCAAACCGUAACCGAGACCUCUCGUAGACCAGGGGCCAUUCUAAAACGGGCCUUCAGUAUUGAUUCAAAUAUGGACUGUAGUGCGCAUUCGGGCGUGUGUUCAAUGUUUUUGUUUUGAUUUUCGGCCGUCGGUCGGAUGCGGCACGGUCGAGGAUCCGGAAUGCAGUAGCCACCGUGCUUCCCGUUUGUGGGGGUUGUUCCUGCCGGGGGGAAAACCCACAUCGCCACAGAGUGCGGGUGGGUGUGUGUGUGCGUAUGUGAUUGUUGACCCAUUUCGUGUGUCCAGUGAGAGUGAUUAGUCGGUGUGGCGUGGUGGGACAUUGGCAACGUGCAACGCAAGCAAGAUAACUCCGCAAGACAGUCUGCGACUCCCGUCCCGGGUCGUUGGAUCGUCCCCGUCUGGGCCAUAAUCUGGGGUAAGCUAUGAAUUCGCACCGCCCGCUACCGCACGGUCAUGGUUCGCCAGUGCAUCAUGCUGCACCCAUGGUCGAGGGUAGCGGCGGUGGUGGUGGUGGUGUUGGUAUGGUAGCAAACCCCCGGUUCGAGGCCGACAAGCAAGCUUGGGAGGAUGCGAUCCGGGGGUACAACGGGACCGAUCCGCUCGAUCUGUGGUUCAACUACAUCACCUGGUACGAGCAGAACCGGUCGUUCGACCGUCUGAACAAUCUGCGAUCGAUCGUGGAAAAAUGUCUGCUGCUGUAUCAGGACGAGGAGCGCUACAAGCAGGACACGCGUAUGGUAAAAAUAUGGAUGAAAUACAUCGAUAUGCAGCAAUCGCCCGCCAGCUACUACCAAAUGAUGUACAAGAAGAACAUUGGCACGCAGUGCGCCAGCUUCUACAUUGGAUGGGCCGAGCGCGAUUACAAGCAGGCCGUGUCGAUCUUCAAUCUCGGCCUGCAGAUGAAGGCACAGCCAAUCGAGGAACUGCACGAAGCGCAACGAAACUAUCGGCUGUACAGUGAAACGCUAGCAAAAAAGCGGUCCGCCAGCGCAAUGGUCGAGCAGCGGCUGCCGGCACCACCGUCGCAGAGUCCACCACACAAACGGCUCAAGCAGGAGCCGAGCUAUCAUCCCGGGCAGUCGGCACAUCCAUCUCACCCGCACGGCGUGAAUGGAAGCGUGAUUACUGAAGCACCGAACGGAACAGCGUACGCUAACCAUGCACCGCAGCAGCAGCAGCAGCAGCAGCACGGCUAUUACCACCAGCAGCAGAGCAGACCGGUCCCGGCGGGAAGCUAUUACAUGCCGGAAAAGCCACCGAACGGUACAUACUACGCUAGCAAUGGUCAGCAGGAACCGUACCAGCAAGCAAACUCGUUUACGGCCAGCGAGGUGAACGUCACUCCAGUACCUGUUGCUACGGCUUCGCACCCGCCACAGCAACCUGUGCAGCUUCAGGCUUCCAGCGAAGAGCAGUACCGCAGUUCGCCCGUAAACGCAGCCGGCCAGCAGGCACAGGAACUAGCCACGGCGACGCCAACCACUGCCGAGCAGCGUACGGAGGCGCCCGACUACAGAUCUCCGGAUGAAAGCAUCAUCGAAUGUAAUCUCAACAAUUCGGCGUACGUGAUUUCCUCCUCGCUGAGCUACGUCUACGAUGAUCCCGAUCUCGUACAGCAGUACACGCUGGGCCCGGAAGAGGUCGUCCGUCCGGCCGGGGAAGCAGUGCAAGGACCGGCGGCGGUAGCACCGCAGCCCGAACCGCCACAUGCACCGCCCGUCGCGAGCGACGCCAUCCGCCUGCCGCCGAACUUUGUGCGCGAAGCGAAAAACAACCACGAAACGUGGGACGUUCCGCUGUGCCUGGAGGAGCCGUACGAUCCGAACCGGCGGUGCUGCUACCCGAAGCAUCUCGUAUAUCCGGACCUGCACGCGGAACGGCCGACGAUGGAGUUUUCGCUCGAGGAGAUCCGCGCCCAGCGAUGGUUUGAGCGCAAAAGGAAGGAGCAGCAGCAGAAGGAAGCGGAAGCAGAAGCGCAAAGGCAGGCGAAGAUUGCCCAGCAGGAGAAGGAAAAACAGAUGCGACAAAUGCAGCAACUGAAAUAUCAGCAACAGCAGCAACAGCAACAACAACAGCAACAACAGCAGCAGCAACAACAACAACAACAGAGAAUGUAUCCCGCACAGGAAUACCCAAAUGCCGCUGGACACAUGCCCGCGGGGCAAACGAUACAGACACCGCCUACUGGCUACCAUUCCCAGCAGAUGCGGCAGGGUUCGAUACAGCAUACGAGCAACUUUUAUCAUCAGCAGCAGCAACAACCGCACAGCCCUUACCAUGGUUACAGCAAUGGCUACUCGGCACCAAACCCGCUGGUGCAACAUCAAGCCUAUCACCAACCGAAUGUGACGCCAUCGGUGAUACAGAACCAUCAUCAUCAGCACCAUCAGCAGCACCAUCAGCAGCAACAGCAGCAACCGCAUCAUACUGUGCAUGCUGGUGCUCACCAUCAGCACCACUCGCCAGUGCCAACGACCCACAUGCAUUCUCCUACUGCAGCCCCAGUAACACCGUACGGGCCGCAGCAUCAUGGGCCACACCAAUACGCGCCGGUCAAUCAUGCCCAUCACCAUUCGCCCCAACCUUAUCAUCAGCACACGCAGCAAGUGUAUGUCCCUUACGAGGGACACGCUCAUCCGAGCUAUCCCGCAGGACAGCAACCGCACCAGCAGCAGCAGCAGCAGCCGCAGGAGCUUCCUUCCCAACGGACGUAUCAAAACAUGACGACCGUUGUGUCACCGUACGGGCACAACAGUCCGGCCCAGCAUCUGUCCACGCCGGAGGUGCAUGUAUCCCGCCCGAACGCACACUACGCGAUGGCCCCCCAAACGCCGCCAAACCAUGCAAUGUAUCCGAGCUCGCCUGGUCAGCAACAUCCGCACCAGAAUCACCACCAUCAUCAUAAUCAUCAUCCGCAGCAGCAGCAGCAGCCACAGCAGCAACAGGUGCAGCAUCAGCAUUCACAGCUGGCAAUGGGUGGGCCGCUGCACCCACAAGCAGCUGCUGGUCGGGUUGCGCAAACACAUCAUCAGCCAGCUCCGCACCAGUACCAUCAUCAGUACCAGCACUACAAUCAUGCCAACGAGCAGGCGCAAACGAAGGCGCAGACUGUGCCAGUGGCAGGCUAUGCUCAGCAGCAGGGUUAUGCGCAGGAUCCGGCCAAGAUGCAAUCAGUACAGCACAAUAGCUACGGACACGGUUCUGCCGUGCCGGAAGCACGGGACGCGCAACCUGCGGUGAAUGGUAACCCGAACGCGGCGUAUGUGAAUGCGCAAGGGCAAGCACAGCUACAAUACCAUCGGCAACAGCAGCUGCAACAGCAGCAGCAACAGCAGCAGCAACAGCAGCAGCAACAACAGCAACAACAGCCGCAACAAUACCAGCCACAUCAGCAGCAGCACCAGCAGCAGCAACAACAACAGCAGCCGCCAUUGCAGUAUAACAUUAACAACAAUCAUGGAAAGUACAACGCAAACUGUGAUGAUUUCGAGGAACAGAUCGAAGCCUCCACCAUACGCUUCUCGACCCCGGCGGAGAAUGGAACCAGUCGAAAGCAGACGAUAACGAUCAAGUUUAAGAAGGAGAAAACGGGCCUCUCGACGUCCGUGUCCGGUGCUACGAACCCCUACUCACCGGUGGUGCCAGCUGGCGGAUCGGGAGCAGAUUCCCCUUCGCCACCGGGGGCCAGUGAACCAACGGCCAUCAAUGCGGUAAACACCCACUCCCAGCCACCGUCCGUCCCGAGGGAACAGGUCGAACCAGCUCCAGCAGCAACGGUCGAUGAAAGGGCGAAAAAGCACAAAAAGCACACCAAAACACAGCUACAGGAAGCGGGUGGGGCGGCAAUCGGGGAAUCGGCCAGCGCUAAAGCGAAAUCAUCGUCCAAAGGAAAACACUCGAAAAAGAAGGCAUCCAUGGUGGAGCCGGAAGAUCGGGGCCGGGCUGCAGCAGCGCCCGCGAACCACAUGGACGAUGCGAAUCUACUGCUGGCGCUAUCGUCCCGACCGGACGAAGACUCCUGCCUGUCGGUGCAAUCGCAAACCGAUGCGUCGUCCGUUGGGUCGAAAAAGAAGAAAAAAUCCAAACGCUCCAAAUCGAGCAGUAAGGAAAAGCGGCGAAAGCAUCAUCGGUACGAUCCCGACGACGCGUACCAGGCGGAGGAGGAUGAAGAGGACGGGGAGGAUGAGGAGGAGCAGGAGCAGGGACAAGGACAUCGUGUACAACGGGCACCGGACGAUGCCUAUUCCGAGGCAACGGUGGGAGAUUAUGCUGCUGAUGAGGAUGAAGAUGACGACGACGACGACGACGGGGUGCAGGACGAGUACUACGAGGUGGAAGAGGAAGACGAGCCGGAGAACGGGGUAGAGGAAGAGGAGGAAGAGGAGUACUACGGCGAGGAGGAAACGAGCAUGGAAACGACGCGCCGGCGAACGAACGGAAGCAGCAGACGCUCGGAGGGAAAGCGCAUCAUUCGCCCGGACGGGGACGAUUCGUCGUACCAGUCGAAUUCGGAGUUUAACACGUCGUUCAGCAACAUCUCGUUCGCCGGCGAUAACAGCAACGGUCCGUUCCACUACGGUGGCGGCGGUAGCAACUGUUCCACCCCGGUCCGGCGCACACAAACCUCCGUUGGUGGUGGUGGAGGCGGUGCCGGCGGCGGCGUUGGCACUGGUGGUGGAGCUUUCUCGAAAACGUCCACCCCGGUCGCCUCGUUCCGGUUUCUGCGCAAGCAGGGCACGAACCUGUCCAACAUCGGCCAGAACGAGGACUCGAUGAACUCGACCGUGGUGGAGAGCAGCUUCUUUCAGGCGGGCGAACACGACGAGGAAGCGCGAAGGCGCCGGCUCGAGAAAGCGCUCGCCACGAUCGAAACCCAGCUCGGCCGGCCGUUUGUCGACCCGUUCAAUGGGGAGCUGUGCCGGGCGUUUCUGGCCAAGGUGGACUUUCCGUCGCGCAAUCGGGACUCGGCGGCCGACAACUAUCACCUCUCGAGCGCGAACCUGCCGAAGCUGCUCAAGGGCCAAACGGCGAACCUGGGCGGGACGGCGUACAGCAUCGAGAAGGAGGUCGGGCGCGGCUCGUACGGCUCGGUGUUUCGUGCAGUGAACUCGCAGUCCGGCGCGGUGGUCGCGAUCAAGUACCAGAAGCCGGCCAACACGUGGGAGCUGUACAUCUGCACGGAGGUGAAAAAACGACUGACUAAUCUUAAGAUGCUGCCCGGUUUCAUGGAUAUCAGUGCGGCGGUCAUUGCACCGAAUGCGAGUGUGCUUGUGUCGGAGUUUUCACAGUACGGUUCCCUGCUAGACAUCAACAAUAAGAUUCGAACGGCGGCCACAAGAAAGGUGAUGCAUGAAUCUCUCGUAAUGCACUUCAGCUGCCAGAUACUGUCGAUCGUAGAGUAUCUGCACGCGUGCAACAUUAUCCAUGCGGACAUCAAGCCGGACAACUUUCUGCUGAUGAAAAUCCCGUCCCGCGAUCUGGAGGAACCUACCCUGCGACUGAUCGAUUUUGGCUGUGCCAUCGAUAUGAAUUUCUUCGAACCAAAGCGCCAAUUCAAGAAGGUCAUUCAAACGGACGGAUUCACGUGCAUUGAAAUGCAGGAAGGGCGCCCGUGGUCCUUCCAGACCGAUCUGUUCUGUGUGGCCGGCACCAUCCACGUGAUGCUGUUCGGGGAGUACAUGCAGCUGGUAAAGAAGUACGAUUGCGGCUGGGACAUUAAGCAGAAGCUGCCCAGAUACUUGAAAAAGCACGUCUGGACGGAGGUGUUCCAGAAGCUGCUCAACAUCAAGGACAUCGACCACAUGCCCAGCCUGCCCGAUCUGCGCCGGCUCAUCAACGAGGAAGCGUACAAGAUGGACUCCGAGCUGGCGACCCACAUCCGCUCGCUGUCGAAUCUGCUGAAGAGCCGAUAAAAGCGGCCCUGCUCUUGGGUUCGCACACCGUCAUAGCCGUUCUUAGCCGCUAACAAGCAAUUGGGUUGGAAGGGGAAACGGAGGGGGGAGGGGGGGAGAGGGGACACGAUUACGAUUGGUUUAUGGUACUGGCACUUUCCAUUUUUCGGGUGCGGGUUUUGUUUUGUUUUUUUUAAGCUUCGUUCGUCACGAAAGGAAAGUGUUUGUCCAUGGAGGAGAAGUAUUAGUGCAAGCUACAAAUUGUAAAUAGUUCAUAUUAGCCACUCGUUUAAGAAAAACUACUUCCACCCACCCCGCGGGGGGAGUUAAAUAGUAUUUUUUCCCCGGUAGGGUUUAACGGUUACGUUGCUUGAAAAAUAGUGUAUUCCAAAGAUUAUUUUGAAUUAUUAGCGAACAAUGUUUCCUGCACAAUUGGCUAAUUAUUCCCGAAUUAUUUCUUGUCUAAGUUAGCGUUUAGAUUCCUUACCGUAUAUGUAGACAAAAUCGGUCCGGCGGCACGGUCGCUUCCAACCACAGGUUGCGAAAGGCACCGUUUGGACGCUGGCUUAUUAUUAUAACACAUCCCGAUUGGCCGAGUUGAGUGAUUGGCUUUAGCAGAAUUGUUUCGAUCCACCACCAACACCACCACCGCCGCAACCACCCUGUUCGGCCCCCUUUUCGGCUUCCUAGUCUUUCGUUUGCGAAAAAUAAUACAACGCGCUAGUAAGGUGCGAGGUUUCGUGCGCGCGCGAUUGCGUUUGACAAACAUUGAGUAUGCAAAACAAUAAUGAAAACUGAUUAAUGUUUAAACUGUAAAUGUACAUAAUUUAUGCAAAAAGAAACAAAAAAAGAAGAA